CCUCGGUGGUUGCAACAUCAUAUCCAAAGCUCUGCGUCCACAACCGCAGUCGCCUUUUACGCACCAGCGAGUGGAGAAUAGUGCUGGAGACCCGUUCUCCUUUCGUCUACCUUGCUCAUAUUAUUCCCUAACAUCUGGACUUAUCUUUACUUUAACAUUUGUGGAGCUACUCACUCGCUCGGACUGGACUAUAGACUGCGCGCAAACGUCGUGCGCAACGAAGAGAUGAGAAUUUUAUCCUGAAACCACAUUUUGCUAAAUGCUGCUUUAGAGUGAAGACGUGCAAGGCACCGGCCUACACAUGGAGUCCAGGGUUCCCCACCACAUCCCCGGAGUGUCCUCCUCCCUCAUAUCCCAGCCCCUGCUGGACAGUCGAGUGCCCUACGGCCGCCUGCAGCACCCCCUCACCAUCUACCCCAUUGACCAGAUAAAGUCCUCACAUGUGGAGAACGACUACAUUGACAGCCCUGCUGUCAUCUCCCAGCAGCCCCCAAGCCAGAAGGCUGCGAACCGAAGAAUCACCUGGCUUGGUCAGAAUCAGGAGGCCUUCCUGGGGGCAAACCACAACCAUCAUCACAAUCACCAACACCAGCACCACCAGCAGGGCAGGUGCGAGCCCCACCCUCACCAGGACACCACCACCCACCCUUGGAUUUCCUUCAGUGGGAGGCCCAGCUCUAUCAGCAGCAGCAGCAGCACAUCGUCUGAUCAGAGGCUGCUGGACCACGCUGCGCCCACCCCAACGGUGGACCACCACCCAAACCUGCAUCCCCACCAGGGCCCUGUCAACACAAUCACCACCCGAACUCCAGGUUGCUUCACUUCCUCUGAAUCUAAAGUCCUCACCUCCUCUUCCUCUGCUUCCUCCUGCUCCUCCUCCUCUAAAUCGCUGGACCUCAAGUCUGCAAAGAUUCCCACAGGAGGCGUGUGCACCACUGCAGGCCAGCAGGGGUUGGCGCUGAUCCCAUCCUCCCCGGCCGAGAAGAAGCACCUCCAUCUCUGCGAGCACUGCGGGAAGUGCCGAUGCACGGAGUGUACGCUCCCCCGAACCCUACCCUCUUGCUGGGUCUGCAACCAGGAGUGCCUGUGCUCUGCUCAGAGCCUGGUGGAUACAGCCACCUGCAUGUGCCUGGUCAAAGGGAUCUUCUACCACUGCACCGAGGACGAGGAUGAUGAGGGCUCCUGUGCCGACAAGCCCUGCUCGUGCUCCCAGGCCAACUGCUGUGCACGCUGGUCCUUCAUGGCCGCCCUUUCUGUUGUCCUGCCUUGCCUGGUCUGCUAUCUGCCAGCUACAGGCCUGGCCAAACUAGGACAGAAGUGUUACGACAAUGUAAGCAGGCCCGGCUGCCGCUGCAAGAACUUGCAGAGUGGCGUGAGCAUCCCUGCGUGUAAAAACGGAGGUGUUGAAGCGAAAGUAGGAACAAUAGAGAAGCAGCAGCAGGGGUCAUGAUACUGGACCAAAAUGGCUGGUGAAGGCCUUGCUAAAAAAAACUGGACAGGACCACAGUAUUUGCUCGCUCUCUAUGGAUAGGACAAUCCAACACCAACCCCUUAAACUACCCCAUUAAUCUGCUGGAAGAUGACUUAUGUAAAACAAAGGUACUUAAAUGGCUUCUCGACCUAUGUUUGAAAGGGUGGAUGAUCAAAACAGGCCUGAUUUGAGAGAGUUGGCUACUAGGAAUAGUUAACAGGCUCUCUGAGAUGUUUUUUUUUUCUUUUUGUAACAGUGACACAAGAAGAAGAGACUAGAUUGUGGGACUGGUGUUUGUGUUGUUUCGGGAAGAUGGCUGAAGGCACAAAGUCAUUGUACCUCUCUGCUGCUCUGUAUUUCUCAGCUAAUUUUGUAACGGUAACUAACCAGAAGCUGGUUUGCUUAUCCUCGGAUAACAUAGAAGUUAUAUGAUGGAGAAAAAUAUCUGUACACCCCUCUCCAACCCCCCAAAAGCACAGCCCAGUGUCCCUCUGUCUGAACAAACACGAAAACAAGUGAUUACCUAUACUGUGGCUUUAUGAUAGGCCACUGCAAGAGUGAAACCACCACUUACUCAGUCACUCUCUCCACUAUUAUGAUGAUCACCAUUCUCUAGUGUCGCCUUUCUUCCUCUUACAGCUUAAAGAUGCUAGCUUGGAAACGAUAAUAUUUUAUCUCUACAUUUUUAUCUCCACGGAGGAGCUGUAAAAACAAAAUACUAAUGGUAAUUUCCCAUAACUCUAACUCUGUAUUGUGUGUAAGCAGAUGUACCGCAAGUAAGAGAGAGAUAAUCACUUUCCUGUUUUUGGGGGCGGUGAAACCCAGACAUUCUAAAAGAUUUUGAAUGCUGUUCACCAAUCACCUCAGAGGUAGUGCAUGUCAUGACCUGCAUGCUCUAGUCUAAUGGUUACCCACCGUGCUAGAAGUCGAUGUGUAGUAGAGAAAUGUGUAAAAAAGUACACCCAACCUUCUCAGGGACUGUUACAGUAAUCCUCUCUAGAACUUGGCCUACAGCAUGUUGGUUUCUAAACUGCCUAAGAGCCUGGUCUACUUCCUCUUUGCACAAAAAGGCAAAGAAACAUUUAGGGGCAAAAAGGCAAUAGUGAAUAAUUUAAAACAAGUAAGCUAAGGGAGAGACUAAAUGGCCAGAAAAUAAAUGUUUCCGGAGGAUAAGGGAUGAAAGUGAUAGAGAGUAUAGAGGAGGAGAGAAGGCAUAGCAAAGUCGUAGUUGUGUUCGUAUCUAGUCAGCCUUUGUCAAAAUCAAACCUGCCACUUGCACAACCUUUUUAGGAAGACGCAAACCCCUUAAAGGAUGUACUAAAGCACAGUAUUAACCACCUCAGCUAUCUCACAUUACGUUGGCGUGCACUACAUUUAGUCCACACACCCCAGCCCCCCUCCCCACACACACACACACACACACACACACACACACACACACACACACACACACACACACACACAUACCAGUGUCUUCAUUAAAUUCUAUCAUUAUGCUGCAUAGCUGCAUUAGUCAGAUAGUCUAUCUUUUAUUUUUAAAGUCUAUUUUUGUGGCUUGCAUGACGUUCUUAGGAUUUUGCCAAAGGAAGCUAGCGUACAGUAGCAUGUUUUCGCUGUCUGAGUGAUCACAGUUGUUAUGCACUCUUGCCAAAUGGAGUUGACGGCAGUUGGUUCUUAAAGGCAUGCUGCCCUUUAAUACAGAUGGCCUUUUCUGUUUGGCAUAAAGGGAUACUGUCUUUGUUGCUCCAUAACACACACCUUUCUUUCAUGUUAAAUUCCAUUAGGGCACCUAACUUUGCUCAUAUCUGUAUUUGUCUUGUUGCACAAAACUGAUAUCACACACACAAAAAAGGAAAGAAAAAUACACACUGUCCUUAGUCUUGAAUGUAUGAGGCAAUAUUUUCAAACCUAGCAAUUCAGUCUGAGAGAAAGGUGCCAAAACUGAGAAUGUUUGUGUGACUGGGCAAAGGCCUAGUACGUGUAGGAGGGCAGCAAAAAUCACAAAUGUUUUGACAAUAUAUUUAGUAAUAGAGCUAUGCAGGUGAAAUGUUAAUUGCUGUAAAUAGUUUCACAACAUUUGUGUUCUUUAGAAGAGACUUUUAAAUGUCCUUGAAAGAUUGCAUGGUACAUUAUAACUACAAUUCAGUACAAAAUAUAUAGAGAAUAUAUUAGAUAUAUAUUUUGAGGGUAAGAAAAAAGAUGUUUUUGAGGUUGUGAGAAAAAGAAAAGAGGGAGGGCGACGAGAGGAAGGUUCAGGAAGGGGUAACAAAAAUGACAGGUCUUUCUAUCACAAGCACUUGAUUGAGAAAAGUGUGCCCGGCAAUAAAAAAAUAAAAAAAAAGAACAAAAAAACCUCCUGCUGUUUAUGCUAUCCAUGGCGCAUUAGCAGUCGAGAGGCUAAGCUAAUUCCCUGGUUCCUCUCCGAGUCCUAAAGACUGUGGACUCAUUGAAUCCACACAGGGAACACAAUCUACCCCUAUCCGGAUCAACCCAUUUCCUGCUGUUACUGCUCAGUGUCUCAGCUCUCUCCCCUCUUUUUCUCUUUCUUGCUUUUUUUUUUUUUCCUCCUUCCUCUCUUCCCCUCUUCUUCCCUCCUUCCUCCCUGAGAAAUUCCCCAACAAACACCCCUGGCCUUGAUUGACAAACACAGCUGCUGUGCAUAAACUUGUCAUACCACAGAGACGGGAGAGAAAGACAAGUCUGUCUCUCUUUCUCUCCCUUUCUCGCUGUUUCCCCCUUUCCCGUCUUUGUUUCUCUGUGCCAUCUUUUUCACAAGUGGACCUCUUUUUCAACAGUCUCUGCCUUUUAUUCUUUCAUCCCUCUGCUCUGUCACUGCAAGAGUAAUGUUCUUGGCCUCACGUUAGCUUUAUACUUUUACAUGUGCUCGCUAGCCUGUUCAAGGUGUGGAAUAAUCACAGACGACAACUCAAUGAUUAAAACCAUUCUUUUUUUUUUCUUUGCUACAAUACUGUGACUUUUACACACCCACACCCGUUUGUGUCACUCAUUUGCGGGCACUGAUUUUUUUUUUUUUUUAAAUUUUCAACCCAAAACAAGAGGAAAAGUCUCAUACAGCUGGGUGAUGCUACUCCAUUCCUUUAUGCCUUUGCAAUGUCAAUGUUGGGGAUUAAGAAACGAGAUCUGUGCUUUUGUUUUGUUUAGAUAUAACAAAAAGAAAAAAACUCUCAUAUAAAAGGUUCCCUUUAUAGAUAUAUUUAUUUUGAAGUUCUAUUUUAUAUAGUAUUUAUUUAGAUGCCAACUUUUUUGUUUGUGAAGAAAGCUUAUGUCGAAAUGGAAUGUACAUUGACAAUGGAAAUAUAUAUUGUUAAAUAUA